AUUUAAUUUUCUUCUGACAGCUAUUUAUAUAUCGUCUUCCUUGUUGUAGAGUAAAGGUAAUACUCUGGCGUGUUUCUAGCUUUGUGGAUAUGACACGCUUUUCUAAAAAAUAAAUAAAUAAGCGGAAACAUCUUGUUAUAAACAAACUCCAAGACAGCCUUUGGACCAAAUUAAUUUGUGGUUGACAACGUCCAUGCUGGCUAAUGAAGCAACGUUAGCCAAGAGCUUGCUCAAAUGUUUUAGCGUUUGUCCGUAUCUGCACGCUUGUUGUGGAGGUUAUGUGUUUAGCGAGUAGGUUUUGUGCGGCUAGUUAAGGUUCCGGUUGCUCCUGAAUUGCACUGACAGAUGCGGCUAGCUAAGGCUAACAGUGCUAACUUGGCAAGUGUGAAUGGAAAAGGGUAUAUCAGAUUUACUCCGGCGGUAAUGUUAAAUACCCUGUGACCCGUGGCCGCUUGUUUCGUGCUAGCUUAUUUUGCCUCAGCUGGUUAGCUGACGUUAAUCGUUUAUAGGAUUGAAAAUGCAGCUAAUUUAGAGCUGUCACCUCAGUAUGUGAUGACACAAUUGUACCUGCAGCCUUACCUUAGCCGUUUGUGUGCUUUUACUGAGCGUCCAGAAUGAAACUAAAAGCAGUAAUUGGUUUUAUAGUACAGCUAGCUAACAGUACAGUACGCUCUCCGUUAAGGCUAGCAAGAAGCUUCCUCCUCCUCCCCUCGGUACGUUUUACAUUAAUAUCUGAGGCAGGUUUUGUUUUGUUUAUUUCAAAUGGACAUGGAGCAUCAAAAGAAGUACGGAAAUGUUGGGGGUGUCUUUUCUUUCUGUAAAUUUUCAGACACAUAGUAAUACAGCUGCCAUCCCAGUGUCAUUCUCAUCUACAUCUAUUAUCUGUGAAUGUAAAGUGUAUAUAGUGAUUAAAUCAAUCAUUCUUUAGCUGGAAACCCUUAAACUAUUACAAUAUUCUUUCUUUUUUGUUUUUUAAAUGCCUACAGGAAAAUUCUGUUAUCUUGAUGAAAGGUUAAAAAUCUUUGCUUUGGUUUGCAAUUAAAAUGCAGUUUGGUUAGGAUAAAUCCAACCAUUUGAGCCCUGAGAUUUGGGAACUCGUAAUUGGUCAAAAUAAUGGCUAGGCUGUAUCAGUCUGACAUCUUUAUUGAGCAGCAUUUGUGUAAUUAUUUUAAACAGGAUUGCAUUUAGAUUUUACAGGUCACAAACAAAACAAAACCACAAAAAAAGGAAAUGGCCGUAAAGCAAAAGUUUAGCAAUUCUGUGGGACGAAUAAGACUGUUUCACUUCUUGUUUUGGGGGUUCUUCAGUCAUUCAUAGUGAUUGCACGCCUCGAGUGAGUUUUCCUUACUUUUUAGAGCCAUGGUAAAAACUUCAGCUCGUACCUUUUGUUGUCAUUAAUUCCUUGUGGAUUUUACGGUGUAAUUCUCCUGUAAUAGAAGCUGCCCUCUUUUCAUCUUUGCCUUCUUUCUUUAUUUUUAAAUACAGAUUUAUUCUGUUCUUUAGUCACCCAGUGAAAUAUUCAUCCUGCAAAACAAGACCAAAACUGCUCAUUCCAGUAUGUGGUUCAUGAAAUUCCAAACCUUUUUUCUCAGAACAUUCCUGUUUAAUGCGGACAGAAAUUUCUAUUUUUAAUUCAAGCAAACAACAAGACCUGUGUGAUAGAGCACAGUUUUUCCGAUGAAGCCCAGACUACAGGUGUGACCGCACUAUAAAACAGUGUGCGACUGUGCUACAGACUGCCAAACUAUUCUUAGACCUAAUCUUAGCCACUAUAUUAUGGAGUCUGACUUUGAUCAGUUGCACCCAGUGUCACGUGUAUAAUGGCAACAUUUAGGUGAAACAUGCCCUUAUUUAUUAUAAGUAGGACAGUUAUAUCGCGAGUGCUCCCAGCUUCUCAUGCAAGGAUAUGUUGAUAUCGUCCUCUAUGUGACAGUUAUAUAAACAGAUUUUUAAUGACUGUCUCUUUUAGUGUAUUGCAAGUGAUCUUUGGACUGCCAUCUUCAUGUGACGUCUUGAGAAAGGGGAAAUAAAAGCACCCAAAAAGAUUGUGCUUCAGCUAUUCUCCGUAUGUUUCAGGGCGCAACUGAUUUGUAGACGUACCAUCUGCCUGUAUCAUGUGGGAUGUGAAACAGUUAGUUAACAGCUUGUGACCUUCAACAAUUACAGUGACCACAAUGGGCAGAUAAGAAAGACAAAAUAUCUGCUGUGUGGAGGCUAGAAGGUUAGUAAGACCUCGGCAGAUACCUCCUCUUUUCCUGCACGAGCAGUCCAGCAAGUUUACAGCACAAUGGCUGAAGAAGACUAUGGCAGCUUUGUGGACUGGAACCAGAUGGGCGAUUUGGCCAAGAGCAGCGGGCCCACCAAGGUGGACACUAAAGAUCUGAAAGAGUUCAAACGGAUGGCUCGACAAGGUUAUUGGGCCAAGAACCACAAGCUGCGGGCACAAGUCUACCAGCAACUCAUCAAAGCCAUUCCUUGCCGUACAGUGACCCCAGAUGCAGCAGUGUAUCGUGACAUUAUGGGAAAUGCAGCCACAAAGAAAACCUCCACCAACGUCCCACUACCAGAAUUUGUGGAUGGAAAUCCCAUACCGCGGUACUGUCUGAAGCCGGAGGCAGUAGCCUCAGUCCAUCAGAUCAUCAACUGCCUCGCUGGACAGUUUCCAGAUAUCUCUCAUUGCCCAGCUCUUCCUGCAGUUACUUCAUUGCUCCUGCACUUCAGUGUAGACGAAGCUCAGUGUUUUGAGCAUGUCAGCCGCAUACUGGCAUGCAACGAGCCAGGGAAGCGACUUAUAGACCAGACCUUCCUGGCUUAUGAGUCUAGCUGCAUGACCUUCGGUGACCUAGCCAAUAAGUACUGCACAGCUGCUCACAAACUGAUCGUUGCUACGGCUCAGGAUGUGAUGGAUGUCUACUCAGACUGGCAGCGCUGGGUCCUCGGUGACCUGCCUUUUAGCCAUGUGGUUAGGGUCCUAGAUGUCUACCUAGUAGAGGGCUAUAAGGUUCUUUACCGCGUGGCAGUAGCCUUGCUCAAGUUCUAUCGCAAGCAUAAAAUGGGAGCAGAGGGGGGGCAGGGCAACCAGCAGCAGGAGGAUUCAAACAAAAUCAAGGCAGAUAUUCAGGCAUUUGUUAAGGGCAUUGCUUCCACCGUCACACCUGACAAGCUGCUCGAGAAGGCAUUCUCCAUCCGCCUGUUCAGCCGCAAGGAGAUCACCCUGCUGCAGCUUACAAAUGAGAAGUCCCUGCAGCAAAAAGGAAUCACUGUGAAGCAGAAGCGCUCUAGGCGGAACGUGCAGCUGGCACUUAACCCUGACACAUUUUCCUCGGAGAUAGUCAGUGCCAAGGAGAUGCAUGACAUCUGGUCAUGGAUCCCAGAGCGCUUUGCCCUGUGCCAACCACAGCUUCUCUUCACAACCUCCACCCACGGUUGCAGCCUGAACAGAUUCUACUCACAUUGUGAGGGCCACGAACCCACUCUGCUCCUCAUCAGGACCACAGAUGGCGAUGUAUGCGGAGCGUUUCUGUCCACUGAUUGGGAGGAAAGGAAGAGAGGAGGCAACAAGUUGAGCUUCUUCGGCACAGGGGAAUGUUUUGUCUUCAGGCUGAAGCCAGAGAUGGAGCGUUACGAGUGGAUAGUAAUCAGUCACCCUGAGCUGGCUUCAUCCAUCAAGACCCAGGCUCAGAAAGAAACAGCAACAUCUGAAGACCAGAUCACAGACAGCAAUAGCUUACAGCAGCCAGAAAAACCUCCUGGAGAGCUGUCACCAUUUCUGUCUGCCCGCCACUCUAACCUGAACUCUAAGAAUACUUCUAUGUUCAUGUCUGGAAAUGUUGACUCCAUCAUAGUGGGAGGAGGCAACGGCAACGCUCUGUAUAUCGACUCUGAGCUGAACCACGGGCGCACUGGCAGUUGCACUACCUUUGACAACCCGCCCCUGUGUGCAGAGAGCUUCCAGAUUUCACUGCUAGAGGUGUGGGGCUUCCAGGACACCAUGGCCUCAUAAUGCUGAGCACAUACAUGCAACACAUACUUAGGUAUUCAUCCACAAACACUUAAACAUGUGAAAUAAGAAGUCAAGUGUUUUAGGUGGAAAACAUGCAAACAAAACCACAUCCGUCCUGCAAAUUCAACUCUGAAUUUUAUUUUAUUUUUUAAAUGUAUUAAAGCAGUUUGUUCAAAUUUCUGCAAAUGAACAAAAAUGUUUCUUUUUUUUCCUGUUUAUUUUUGUAUUUAUAGAUUUGUGUACUCAUUUUGUUGACGUGAUAAUGGAAAUGUCCAGGAUCAACCUGCUGAGCAAAAACAUUUGAUUUUCUGAAUGUAAAUUGAAGUCCUUUUUUUCUUCUGUAGUUUAUCUCAAUCUGCCAAACUCAUUGUUAAGCUAACUCUGCAGUCCUUACAUUACUAUCAGGUCAUGAGGUUUACAACAGCAUGUGUGAAGUCGAGUCUCCAUGUUUGUGAUAUAUGAUGAACAAAAGAACCUAGAUGUUAGAGAACCUGUCGUAUCUUCCCACACUUCCUGAUAUAUCGUGAAUAGAUGGGAGAUCUGACAAAUGAAUUCAUGGUGUAAAUGUUUAUGAAGAUCUAGUGAAUUUUUAUGUUGCCAUUUUGCACCAGCUUUCUCUUUGAGUCUGUGAUGAUUGUCUCCCUUUUGUGCAGUAUAUGAAUAUAAUGUUGUUGUUGUUUUUUCUUCUCCUCUACAUCAUUUUCCUGUUAUUUCCGUCCUUUCCAGUAUAAAGAUUGUAAUGAGAAGUUGAAACGUUGUCCUGUUCCUAAAGUGUCGUUGGGGGGCCUCUGUGUGAGAGUGUGGAUUUGAAAAUGUGCUUCAGUAAAGUGUCAAUUGAGUAAUUGCAAAUGUGAAAAUACAGCAUUAAGCUUUCAUCAGA